GCUUCUGCUCCCUUUCACAGCUUUGCUCCUGUGUUUCAUAUCCUUUCUGCUUUGUCUCCUCUCUCACCUGGAGUAGAAGGGGUGAACGAUGCCACCCACAGGAGGAGAAUGACUAGGAGGUAAAUUUGGGGUAAGCAAAGAAAAGAAGCUGAAACUGUUUUUCACAGUCUGGUUAGACAAAAUGGAGUUUUUUUUUCUUUAUCAUCCUCUCUGAGUGCCACCUCCGUGUUUUAAAGGAUUAACAGAAUGGGGUUGGCUGCAAGACUGUAGAAUGGCGAAACCUAAUACCCUACCAGGAAUAAGGGGAAAAUGUUCUGUCUAAUAAUGGUUUGUAAACACUUGGACAUGUCUUGUUUGGGUCACAACCGUUCCAUAUUUUUCACUUUGCCGUCUGGAAUUUAACCCUUGUGAAAACAGCUCCAAAUCCUCUCGGAGUAUGAAUUUGGAUUUUUGUUUCCUCUCCACAUCUGUGUUUUUUUCAGAAACGCACAUUUAUGUACAUAGGAGGAUUAUAAUCUAUCUUCUAGGAUGGUAAAAGAGCCAUUAGACAUACAGGAUCUUAACUCUUUAAUUUUACAGGAUACGUUGGAUUCUGCAUAUUCAGAAAUUUAUAUUUUAUUUAACUCUGCUUGAAGAAAAGAAAUGUAACGGCGUAACUGGUUUUAUCUCUAUUUGGAAGUCCAAUAAAUAUUUACAGCUUUUGAAGAUUUAGCUAAAAAGAUACAAUGAUUGUAGUGCCAGAAUCUGUGCUGUUACAUGCAAAUUCUUUAAAAAGCAAUGACGCAAUCUGCAUUUACAAAUGAUUUUCCCUUUAAUUGGAGAAUAUCAAAAAAUCCUAGCUAAAACAAACAGAAAGAAAGGGAGUAACUCUUUAAGUGUUAAUAUAGGAGCAAACCAACCAUGAAACACUGAUGCUACCUAUAGAAUUUGUGUGCUGUGAAUCUUAUGUUUAGGGUGUUCUGUUUGUCCACACUGCCUAAGGGAUAAUGGGUCACAGUGAAAGUAUUGGCCCAGCACUUAUCAAAGACCUCUCUUUUCAGUGGGGGUUCUCCCUAGGACAGAGAGAUAGAGGACUGCAGUGCAGAAGGGAGAAGGGCUUUAAGAAGGUAUCAACCUGCACGCCCUAGGAAAUCUCCCCCCGGAAAUGUCCUGCUGGCCAUGGAUUAAAAAUCCAUGAGGGAAGAGGAGGAACAGCUGUCACAUCAGAAAGACAAGUGAGGAAAGGAGGAACGCACAGGGGGUGAAGACUUAAUCUACCAUGGAAAGGCUGCUCUGGGGUAUCCUACUGGUAGGAAGCCUUGUGAGCAUGGCAAAGUCUUGCCCCUUCCACUGUACCUGCCAAAACCUUUCAGAGUCUCUAAGUACCCUAUGUGCCAAUAAGGGUCUCUUGUACGUCCCACCAAACAUUGACCGGAGAACUGUUGAGUUACGACUGGCUGACAACUUCAUCAGAGUGGUGGCGCAAGAAGAUUUUCUCAACAUGACUGGUCUUGUGGAUCUAACACUUUCCAGAAACACUAUUGAUACUAUCCAGCCUUAUGCUUUUGGGGAUCUUGAAAGUCUAAGGUCUUUACAUUUAGAUGGUAAUCGUCUAACAACUAUCCAUGAGGAAGCUUUGAGAGGAAUGCUUAACUUGCAACAUCUCAUCAUUAAUAACAACCAGCUAGUAAUAAUACCAGUGGCCACUUUUGAUGAUUUCCUGCUUACAUUGGAAGAUCUUGAUUUGUCAUAUAAUAAUUUGGUUAAUGCCCCAUGGGAAUCAAUCAAGAACAUGGUUAGUCUUCACACCCUUAAUCUAGAUCAUAAUCUCAUAGACUUUGUAAUGGAAGGGACUUUUUCAGAAAUGUACAAGCUCUCCAGAUUGGACAUGACAUCCAACCGGCUUCACACACUACCUCCAGAUCCACUCUUUGUCAGAUCCCAAACUGGUGUGGUUAGCCCAACUCCUUACACAUCCACUAUUGUGCUCAAUUUCGGAGGAAAUCCAUUUCAUUGUAAUUGUGAGCUUUUGUGGCUACGCCGGUUAGUGAGAGAGGAUGACAUGGAAACAUGCGCUUCUCCUGCCCAGUUAGCUGCACGCUAUUUCUGGUCUAUACCAGAAGAAGAAUUCACCUGUGAGCCACCACUCAUCACACGCCACACACAUCAGCUCUGGGUUCUAGAAGGGCAGAGAGCUAUACUGAAGUGCCGAGCUAUUGGGGACCCAGAACCAGUCAUUCACUGGGUGUCCCCUGAUGACAAAAUAAUGUCCAACUCCUCCAGGACCGCUUCCUAUAGAAAUGGGACACUGGAUAUUCUGGUCACUACAAUCAGGGAUGAUGGAACAUAUACUUGCAUAGCCAUUAAUGCUGCUGGAGAAUCAACUGCCCAAGUUGACUUAAAAAUGAUUCCUUUGCCUCAUCGAAACAAUGGUACUGUCAGUGUCUUGAGGCAGGACCCCGGGUCUUCUGACAUCACCACUUCAUCACGGGCAUCUGCAAAUGCCACAGAGGAGAAAAAGGCACCAGACAGUGCUGUUGUAGUGACAGAUGUGACGUCCUCAUCUGCAUUUGUUCGAUGGUACAUGAACAGAUCAGCCUACAUAGUAUGGAUGUAUCAAAUUCAGUACAACUGCAGUGUUGAUGAGACACUUGUGUACCGCUUGCAAUGUACUGUAAAUCUAAAAUGCAAAUCCCAGAGGAACCCCUUGCCAAGUUACUGCAGAGAGAUACUAUCAUCCACAACGAAGCACUUUGCCUUGAAACACCUAGUACCAGGGGUAGAUUAUGACCUGUGUAUUCUGGCCAUUUUUGAUGAUGUAGCAACUUCCUUGGCUGCUACAAGAUCUUUGGGAUGUGUUCAGUUCUCUACAGGAGAGGCAUACCCAGAUUGUCGAUCCUUACAUGCUCAUUUUCUAGGAGGUACCUUAACAAUCAUCAUUGGAGGAGUUGUCGUGGUAACAUUACUGGUAUUUACAGUGGUCAUGAUGGUUAAAUACAAGGUGUGCAGCAGCGCCCGCACAGACAUUCCAAAGUUUACCAAUGUUUACUCUCAGACCAAUGGAAGCCAACUGAUGCCUAAUGGCAUUCUUUUCCAACGGAGACUAAACAAUGACUCAGCCAAGGCCAGGUGCUCCCAAGUGACAUACAGAGAAGACACUGCAAGGGUUGUACAUGGGGUCAAACCCCAAAGAAGGAAGACUAGACACAGGGUGGUAUCAGAAAAGGAUGGGGACAGUACUGAAAGGGCCCCAGAUGUUGAGGAGUUACAUUGUGGUUCCAGUCCUGAGGAGGGCAUUGGUUUUGGUGUUCCUAAAACCAAACGAAGUUGUUCUGUGGACAUGGGGGAAAUGGCAACAACCACUUGUUACAGUUAUGCCAAAAGACUAAGUGUCAUAUGGACAAAAAGAAGUCAGUCUGUGCAUGGCAUGCUCUCAAACUGCGGGGCUGAGGUGCCAAAGGGAAAAGCAGUAAUAUAUUCUAGCUCAAAUGAGCUUGAAGAAAGUGUAGUGUAGUUAAUAUUCAUGUUACUGUCUUUAUAAAUUAUCUCCAUAAUGGAGGUGUAUGGAUUUCUUUGGGCAAUUUUCCCUUGGAUAUUUCCACAAUGAGCCAUGUACAGAAGGCUUCUUUCAAGCAAGGAUGAAAAAGGUGAUACUUUCAAUAAUCUUGCUUAUCGUUGUUCAUCUGGGCUAAAGUUGAGAGAGUGGAUUAGUUGCAUUGGUCCAGAAAGAGUUAUUUUCUUUUGUGGCACUCAUGCUAUAGAUGUGUUAACCUGUGUGACCUCAUAAUGGAGUUAACCCAAUAGUAUGUAUCUGGAGAAAUCAAGAAGAAAACACUUGUGAGGUGCUCACAAAUUGUAUGAAGGUCAAUGGUAAAGUCACCAGAUUUUGGUACACAAUUACAUUCUGACAAUAUAUUUCCCUCUCAGCCUUCUUGUAGUUAAUAAAGACCAUGAACAACUCUGUUUUUGCAGCUUCACAGGGACUUGUGUCGGUAGAUCUGUUCAGGAUUGUUUGGGGACCUUCAGAUACAUGAAUAAGAAGCUUUCAAGGUCAACAAUAAGACUUGAUGCAUCUUAAAGUGCCAUAUGCAGAUACAGCAUAAGGUGUCCCCAUUUCCUAAAUACAACAUUCUGGAUACAAAGUUGGUAGCAGAUUCACUGCCCACACUGUGCUAAUUUGUGGGGGGAAAGGAAGAGUUUAUGCCUAAAAAUAAAUAAAUCAGAUGGGACCAAAGCAGUUCUGAUAAUUCAGCAGUGGCUGUCCGGGAGUGUGCACCCUGUUUUGUUGAACUCAUUGUUAUGGAAAAGAAGUGAGCCUUUGUCUUAUUGCCAUUGCACCUUCUGCUUUCUCCCAACAAUUGGGGUUUAUCUUUUUCAUAAAUGAAAGUAUUACAUGGUGGGUAAAACAGCCACAGCACUUUAAAGUUUGAGAUUUCACUGAGACAUGAAUAUAUAUCUGCUCAUUGGAUUUGUUUUCUAUCAUUUGCCAAUAAAAUUAAA